AAGAGUAGUGAAUCUGCCCCAACCACUCUUAUUUAAAUCUUUCUGGAAAUUAUUUUAUUUGAUUUGAAUAUAAUCAUAUGAUACCAUUUCGACUUCUACCUGAGCUGAUUGAAGAUACCAAAAAUGGGUUGCUCCGGUUCGUCACUAAAUAAGCGAGACCGAACUACGAAGAAGUUAAGAAAGCCGAAGCCAUGGGAGUUCCCACGGCCCGUUACGUGGAGUCAGUUGGUUCAGAUGCGUGAUGAGUUUUGGGAUUCGGCUCCUCACCAUGGUGGCAAGAAAGAAAUAUGGGAUGCAAUACAUGCAGCAGCUGAAGAAGCUGAUAUAGAGCUUGCUCAAACAAUUUUGGACAGUGCAGGGGUCAUUGUUCACAAGCCUGAUAUGACAGUUUGUUAUGAUGAAACAGGUACCAAAUAUAAAAUACCAAGAUAUGUAUUGAGUGAGCCAACAAACUUGAUACAGCUAAGUUGAAAGAACAAGAAGCACAAAGCUUAUAUAGCCUAGUUUAUUGUUAGAGUAAACUUCCAAAAUGGUCCAUGAGGUUUAGUCACUUUUAUCACUUUAGUCCAAAACUCAAACCUUUUGAAUCUGGGUCCAUAUGGUUUCAAUUUUAUUGUCAUUUUCAUCCAAAAGCAAAAUCUGGUCAGAUUUUUCAAUUAACAUCCAAUUUUUUUUUGUGCUUUUCCUCCCUUUUAAUGAAGGGCAAAAUUGUCAGAUUUUUUUAGUUUGUUAUAAUAAAACGUUAAAAUACUAUUUUUCCCUUCAUUAUUAAAAGGGAGAAAAAAGACAAAAAAACUGGAUGUUAACUAAAAAUCUGACCAGAUUUUGAUUUUGGAUGAAAAUAGCAACAAAAUUGAAACCUUAGGGACCCAGAUUCAAAAGGUUUGAGUUUUGGACUAAAGUGGCAAAAGUGACCAAACCUCAGGGACCAUUUUGGCAUUUACUCUUAUUGUUAUAUUAGUUUGUUUCAACUAGUUUUUUCAAGCCUGGUUCACUUUUUAAUUGAAGUUUUUCAGGCUUCUGAUUAGUUUUUAGGGAUAUUUUUGUGAUGAUUUCAAAGAAUUCUAUGGAAAAUAAUAAUAUAAACUUGGAUUAAGUUUGUUUGGUUU